AUGAAAUUUGCCAGGUGAACUUUAUCAGUGUUCUGCGAGCAAACUUCGGGCAGAGCUUAAUGCAGCUGUUAUCACUUGUUCCCACGAGUCCCGACGACAAAAUGCAUCAGCUUGCGCAGGGACGUGCUUGCGGAGAGCAAACGGUGUCCAGCCAGUUGAACCCUAACCCUUUAGGAAUAUUUAGCAGAAUCCAGGACAGCACAAAGUGUCUCUCUCAACGUCCAAGAUCACCAAAUCGUCAUAAACCUCAACCACAUUAUGCAAGAUGUAUCAGAACUAAUUCAAGAUUUAUAAAUGAGCCUUUUGCAUAUAUGGAAACUAAAGCUGCAAUGUCAGAGCAGUUUCAGUGGAUGGCGCAUGAAACUCCCAGUCUGAUGCAGCACAUCCCAAGUUACAGCUUGGAAAGCACCCAAAGACAUGAUUUCCAGAACCUUGUCUCCAAACCAAAUCCACAAACAAGACAUGGAUGUAAUCCAAACAAAUACCCUUGUUCAGGCAUAGUUCCACAGGUGGAUACCAGUGAAUUAGUGUCUCCACCAAGGGUUUAUCGAGAAUUCAUAUCUUUCAUUCACCAAUAUGAUGCAAGAAAGUAUCCAAAUGAGCCCAUCAGAGGAAAGCGUCACGGAGCCUUUGUGUGCACAGAGAUAAACUCGCAGAGUGGAAAGAUAGCUCCCAGAGGAACAGAAACAUUCCUGGUUACCAGAGGGUCACACUCACUGGAACAUUUAAAAGAGAAAGGAAAUUGGAGGAAAAACACAUUGGCCUCUGCCAGGCCCAGCUCGACAAAUUCUCAACAGAUGCUGUGUUCGGGAACAUGCUUAUCAAAACCAGACCCAAAGGAAACAGCAAAGGGUUAUCCCAGAAUUCCUGCUGAAGGACAAAGUAGCUCAUGGUCACAGAAGGGUAAAACAAGAAGUGGAGUCAGGGAUCAGCACCAGAUUGCAGCGGAUCACUCUGUAUUGAAACAACAAAAGAAUGACCACGCUGGUACAAAGUUACCUCAAUCAUCUCUGCCAGCACCAACUUUGUUGUUGCAAACUAAUUCUUCACUUGUUCCCUUCAACAACAAUAACACUAAAGACAAACUGACAUCAAUCAGCAUUUAACAAAAUAAAUACACAGCCUUCCUCAGUUACAGAUUUGUAGUAGUCUGAUCAUUAAAAGCACAUUAUAUCAAAGGAGAAACUUUCUGUACUGCAUGUAAUCUUGUUAUUCCAGUUUAACUUUUUGUCUUGGUGUUAAAUACAAGCUGUUGUACUGCAACAUGCACCUGCAUUUGCAGUAAUUCUGUAAUAAUUGUAAAUUCAACUCUUCUAAUGGUCCUGUUCUCUUGGUACUAGAUAAAACAAUCACAGCAUGCACUUUCCCUUGAGAUAAAAAUCAGAUUUUAAUAUGACAAGACAUUCCCAGCCCUCUCAACACUGCACAGUUUGUAUGAAUAAUAUGUGACCACUUGUGCCAAUGAUAUUUUAUUUGAACAUAUGCCCAUUUAACAGUACUCUGGGGUAUUUCAUGAUAGAUACUGCAAGGGGACAACCCAGCACUAGAUUCCCAAGAGCAAAUAGAAAUGAUGAAUCAACGCUGGUCUUGUAGUGAUAUCCACAUCUUUUGAAUGAGUGAAUUUUAAAAUGUCAAAUAUAAAGUGGCAUCUUUAGAUUCAUUCAUUAAAAAUAUGUCAGUGUUGUUAACAAGAACAGCAUUUAUUGUUUGUUAUUUAUUGUAUGUGGAGUAUACUUCCAGAUUUUCUAGAGGAAAGAAAGAAGCAAACUUAAAUGUGAUGCCUUUGUGGAAGAAAAGCUUAACUAUCCAUAUUCACAAAUAGAAACAAUUGGAGAAUUGUACCCUAAUUAUUAGCUAAAGCAACUGGACAAUAAUGAUGAGACACCAAGAUUGGUCAGCCCAUGUCCAGGAGAAAUUGCUGUUAAGUUUUUUAGGAUUUAAAUUUCAGUUAUGAUAAAGCUGAAUUUUCUUUAAUGCCAGGCCUUAAUUACUUACUUCUAAUGGCACUCUCAUUUCCUGGUAAAGCAACAUUUCUAUCAACUAGAUUUCUCUCAUAGUUUAAGUUUUGCAGUAAAUGACAAUAAUACCACAUGUAGGAAAUUUCAGUGUGACCAUACCAGUUGAAGUCUAACUGCCUAUGAAAUGUUCUAGUGCUUCUCUUUCAUAGACUGCUGGUAAUGAGUUGGUGGAAGCCAGAAAUCAACAGAUUAUUUAAUUAAGAAAACAAGCUUCCUGGCUAGAUUGUAAUAAUAAAGUAUUUCAAUAACUUCCUGGAAUUGGAAUUAUUGGUCUUGGAAUUAAGUCUUAACUGAAACUGAGUAGACUUAGUCACCUUCUUUGAGCUGAAAUUUGAUACUUUAAAGUGAUUCAGUAUAGGCAUAUAAACACAAAAUAAACUUGUUUCCAUCAAGAAUUAAUUUGAUUAUCAUUUAAUAGAUAAAUAAAAAUGAUGGGCUACAUCUUCAAUGUGUCUUAUCAGCAGUGUGGUAGAACAGAUCACCCGCUCUUCAUGGAAUUUACAUGAUCUUCAUUCCUCUACUUUCAGUCAAAUUAAAACGGUGAUUCUACAAUGCAAGAAUUACUAUGUUCUCUAUAUUUCAUUGUAUAUUUGUUCAAUGAAGAUGAUAAUUUCCCUGUAUCACAAGCAUUACUCUUUCAUUGCUUCAAAGAACAAGUAUCUUGCAUUACUGAAAAAAGCACAUUGAAAGAUUUUAAACUGUGGAGGACCAGUACAUAGGGUCAAUAGGUGCACACAACUUUUCUCCAAGUCAAUGAAUCUGAUUUCUAAAGCUAAUACUGCAUUUAAAAAUUACCUAAAAAUAAAGUUAAGUUCAUUACACCAUAUAAACAAAGCUUACUGGAUAUGCAUAGCAGGAGCCAAAAGCUGCCUUCAGGACUAGCAUUGCCCUGAGAAAUUCUCAUGCUCCACAUUUAGACAAGUUCUUUAAAUAACCUAGCACUGACAUAUUGAAAGGAGCAAUACAAUAUGCAGCUGGCCCCAUUCAGAGAUUUUUGAGGAAAUACAAAUUCUACCUUUUCUCCUUAUUUCAGGUGUUACUCAGUAGCUUAUCCAUAUGUAUCAGGUUUGUACACAUUCUCGAUGUAGUUUAGGGGUAGAAAGUAUAACAAGCUCUAUUAUGGUGGAUAAAUUAUAUUAACCAUUCAUUUCCAUUAUUAUCACCAGUAAUGUCUAGUAUAAUGAUUUAAAU